UUGUGCUGUGGCCCGUAGAGAUGUGUACAGGAGUAGAAGGGAAGGGGUAGCUAAUGGAGCUAACUGGUUCCCCCCUGUUGUAGAAACGCGGCUGAACGUGGUCAUGCUUUACACGGUAGGCUUUAUUUCAUGAAAAAAGGAGCCCUCGCUGGAUUACCUUGGCUCGCUGCUAAAAAAAAGGAACAAAGACGUGUUUUUCUGAGACGGAGUAACAAAGCCGGUCUGUGUGUGUGGGGGGAUUGCAAAUCUGAGCCGCGCGAGUCAACGUUAGCUGGCCUAGCCGGACUCGGGAGCUCGUCUCCCAAAAACAAGAAUGGGGUCUAGGAUUAGCCUGCUACUAAAGUGACCUUUGAUUGUAUUCGGCGAUGGCUAACUUCACGAACUACCAGGAGGGCAAGGCGGCGAUGUUGUUGGCGGAGACUCAACAGAGGGACGUGGGGACGAAACCUGCGGCCACGAACGGAGACGGCUCCGUUGGGGAACCCCCUUCCCCGAUAAUUAAUAUCGGCGGCGGAGGAGGAGGAGGAGGAGGCGGCAGCUCUCGUUUCCACCAGUAUUUGCCGCCCUCCAGCCGUCUUCACCAACACAACCUCACUCACGACUCGCCAAAGGAUCAACAGCAGCAUCUCGCCGGGGAGAGCACCGCAGAGUCCCCGAGCAGGAAAGCCGCCGCUUCCUCCGCCUCCCUGAGCCAGGUACACCUCGCCGAGGACCCGGCUGCCUCCUCCAGCAGCAGCAGCAGCAGCAGCCAUGUCUACGCGGCUGUGACCGUCGCCAGCAGCACCUCGGACGCCGCCGUCGACGACAUUCGGAAGUGUGGCUACUUGAGGAAGCAGAAGCACGGACACAAGAGGUUCUUCGUGCUCCGGGCCGCCAGUCACCUGGGACUGAGCCGCCUGGAGUACUACGACAGCGAGAAGAAGUUCAGGAACAGCCUGCGCUCCGCCUCAGCCGCCGUGGGCGCCGCAGCCGUCGCCCCUUCGCCCCCGAAGAGGGUGAUUUAUCUCUACCAGUGCUUCACGGUAAACAAGCGAGCGGACUCGAAAAACAAACACCUCAUCGCCCUUUACACCAAGGACGAGUAUUUUGCCAUUGUGGCUGAGAACGAGCAGGAGCAGGAGGACUGGUACGUGGCCAUCAGCGAGCUGAUGAGCGAGGGGAAACGAGGGCACCUGGAUUCAGAUGAUCUGGAUGACGGGUAUGGCACUGUCAGUCCUGGUACUGUGUUUAAAGAAGUUUGGCAGGUGAAUGUGAAACCAAAAGGACUGGGUCAAACUAAAAACCUGACAGGUGUUUACAGACUCUGCCUCUCUACUAAAACCAUUCACCUCGUCAAGCUGAACUCAGAGACCCCCUGUGUCAACCUUCAGCUGAUGAAUAUAAGGCGCUGUGGACAUUCGGAGAGCUUUUUCUUCAUUGAGGUGGGCCGCUCGUCCUCUAUUGGGCCUGGGGAGAUCUGGAUGCAGGUGGACGAUUCGGUCGUGGCCCAGAACAUGCACGAGACCAUCCUGGAGACGAUGAAGGCCCUGAAAGCGUUCGCCGAGUUCCGGCCGAGGAGCAAAAGCCAGUCGUCGGGUUCCAACCCCAUGUCGUUCAUCACGACGCGGCGCCACCUGGGCAACCUGCCGCCGAGUCAGACGGGGCUGCAGCGGCGGUCGAGGACGGAGUCGGUGGUCGGCACGCCGCCCUCCAGUAAAAGCUCCGGRGCGAGUGGUUACCGCUUCCGGACAUCCAGCGAGGGCGAGGGGACGAUGAACCGGCCGUUCCGCUCGGCCACAGGAAGCCUGGUCCAUCUCAACGCGGCCCGCGCCGCCCACGGCCGUCAGGACGUGGCCGGCGGCAGCGGUUGGAGUGGGGUCGCCGCCACGGGCAACGUCGGCACGAGCACCGGGAGCGGCCGCUACGUCCGGGCCAUCCCGGGCUCGGCGUCCACCAGYCACGCCCGCUCCGCCUCCCUUCCCGUUUCCCACUUCCCCUCCGCCACCAGCCCGGUCAGCGUGUCCUCCAGCAGCGGCCACGGCUCCGUCUCGGACACGCUCACGCGCCCGUCCAGCGCCUCGAUAUGCGGCUCGCCAUCCGACGGCGGCUUCAACUCCUCAGAUGAGUACGGCUCCAGCCCGGGGGACUUCCGGUACUUCCGGGUGAGGAGCAACACCCCGGACUCGCUGGGCAACACCCCGCCAAUCAGAGAGGAGAACGGUCUGAAUGACUACAUGGCCAUGAGCUGGAACCGGGAGGUGUUCGGAACCAGCACGGGCGCCGGAAACACCGGUGGAGGUGACGCGCCCCGCGACGAGAGCACGUCGACUGCAGAGGACGAGCGCUUUUCUUCUUCGUCCUCCCUGAGGAGGAGGACUCACUCGUUCUCCAGGCCCACUGGGGGGGCGACGGGGGGUUCCGGGGUCGCGGUCUACCAGAAGAUGACCCAGACGAACUUCUCUCUGGAAGAGGGGUCGGAUGUGGUGAUGCCGUUUGGCGGCGGGCUGCACCGCGGCGGGCCGUCUUCCUCCUCUUCCUCGCUCCGCUCCGAUUACAGCUCCUGCUCCGAGCACAGCCAGCAGAGCCGUCCCUCCACGCUGUCCCGGACCGAGUGCAGCGCCGAGCGCCCCCCGCUCUCCUCCUCCUCGGCCAAGGAAGACAGCGGCUACAUGCCCAUGAUGUGCGGCGUGGCGGCGUCGCCUCGGGACACUCCUCCUGAUUACAUGCCUAUGCAGCCCACCUCGUACCCCUACAACACGUCCCACUCUCCUCAGCUCGGCGCCCACUCAGCCCACCACCACUCUCAAUCUUCCACAGACUCUCACGGCUACAUGAUGAUGCUCCCAGGGGGCGGCGGCACCUCUCCCUCCCCAGUGCAGGCGUCUCCGAGCCCCCACAGCGGCCCCGGCGCGGCUGCUUCUAUCAGUCGCAGCGACAGUAUAGCUGAGAGACCUGAGAACGGAGAAUAUAUGGACAUGUCCUACAGCGGCAGCGGGCGCAAGUUCAUAAGCGAAGACAGCGGUGAAUAUUACACCCCUGAGGGAACCCCCAAGUCUUACAGCCCUUAUUUCUCCCUGCCUCGCUCCUACAAGGCCCCCACCAGAGAACGUGACGAGAAAGCGGAUGGGGAGUACGUUCCUAUGAGUUCUCCCGCCAAGCCGGUGUACUCGUCCGUUGCAACGGCUUCAAUGUCGAUACCGCAGAAGAGAGGCGGAGGAGGCAGCAGCACCUCCACUCCCUCCCACCCUCCUCCCCCGUAUGGAGCCCACCACACAACAGCGGCGAUGUCCGACAGGCGGAUCGUCAGACCCACCCGCCUCCCCUUGGGCAGAAGGAGUUUCCACGGUCCCCUGAAAGCAAGCGAGCCCCCCGCGGGCACCUCCGCUUCGGCGUCGACUACCGACGGCCCCCGCGAAGGCCCCUCCAGCCCAGGAGAGUACAUCAACAUCGAGUUCGGCGACCACUUCCCACACCAACAGCAGCCUCCCGCCUAUCCGCUCUCGGCCCAAGAUGUUGCCCACCCCCUGGGGUCCAGUGACCCCCGCUGUUCCCCUCCGCACGCCCAGGACUACAUGAGCGUGGAGGUGGGAGCGGAGCAGCAGGAUACCGCUGGGUGUCUGGGUAAGAAUCAGUCGCCCAGGCCCAGCCUGGUUGCGCCCUGGAACCCACCUAGCUACAUCCGCCCUCUUGCCAGUAAUCCAGGGGUGCUGGCCCCCCCUGGAGUCCAGCCGGGGGGUCAUUGGGGGUCAAUGGGAGACGAUUACACGGACAUGACAUUCAACCUCAGCAGAGGUGAGCGGACUCAGACCAGCCCUACAGCCAUGCUGCAGCAUCUCUGUGUGAUAGAGGGACACUAUGGUUACCCCCCCGCUGCCCCCUCGUCCAUCUCCCCUCCCCUCCCUCCAUCCAGCCACCAGCUGGAGCCAAAGGUGGUGCGAGCAGAUCCUCAAGGCCGACGGAGACACAGCUCUGAGACCUUCUCCUCCAGCUCCUCCUCUAAUUCGACUCCAUCRGGAGGAGGACUCGUCCCGUCGUCCUCAGCCACCCACCCCUCGCUGGCUAACUCCGCGGCCCCCAACGGAACAGAGGGACAGACUUCCAGGUGGGCCAGCUCGGCGUCCUUCGACAGCGUUUGGAUGUCCGUGGAGGGCGCGGGCGAUUCGUCGCCUCGCCCGGCUGAAGCCAGCACAGACUCAAGGACCCCGGCGACCUCCUCCUCCUCCUCCUCCUCCUCCCCAUCGUCUUCAGGGUCCGCAGCCAGCAGCAGAAUGUGCAGGAACAUGUCCGUGGGCUACCAGAACGGCCUCAACUACAUCGCUCUGGAGCUGCGGGAGGACGGGAGCGGUCCGGGAGCCACGGCGGCCGGGCCUGGUAGCAGCAACGGGAGCACAGCCGUGGUGGCGGCGGGGAUGGCAGCCCUGCCGGAGAACGGAGCCUACGCCAGUAUAGACUUCACCAAAUCAGAUGGAGUCACCACAGCAACCAACGAUUGAGCGACAGAGGUCCAGCGUUGUGCCUCCAACUCCUCUUCCUCCUCAUCGCUCUCUUCUUGGGGUACUUGACUCUGCUGGUGACCUUUGGCCCCUCCCCCCCUUCUCUGCCCUGUGACCUUUAACCUUCAGCCACACUGAGAAGCUGCUCUCCUCUGGUUGCAAAUGACUGAAAACACUUGUUUGUUUUUGUUUAUUUUCAUUGUUAAAUGUUUUAUUUUU